GUUUUGUUAUGAUAUUUUAGUUUAAGAAUAAACUUGAGGUUGCAAACCUAAGUUUUAUUGGUUCCAUCUUUAAUUUUAUGAAGUUCUUAGUUUCUGUUUGUUUUACCCCUUCCUUCCCUGCAUCAAAUUGGUAUCAGAGCUAUGGCUGGUCGUGGCAGAAGAAAUAAUGGCCAACAAGCAGAAUUAACUGAGAUGCAACAUAUGGUUGAGGAGUUGUCCUGAGGUGUGCAAGCUUUACAGUGACAAGAACCCAUGGGAGCCCGCAUGGAGAUGCUGGAGGGUGACCAUAACCCUGCAGACAUACCGGAAGGUAGUCUGGAGGAUGAGACAGUGGAUGGAAGGGAUGAUGACCCUGUUCAUGAAGCUGGAACCGCAAAUCAAGUGCACAUGGCAGAAAAGAGGAAAGUGAUUUUUGUGAAGCUGAAGUUGAAAGGAGCUGCACUUCAAUGGUGGAAGAGAGUUGAAGAACAGCGUUCUCGACAAGGGAAACCAAAAAUCAGCACUUGGGAACACAUGAAAGCAAAGAUGCGGAAACAAUUUUUACCCGGAGAUUAUUCAAUGGAGUUGUAUGAAAAUUUUUAUAUGUUGAAACAGAAUAGAAUGUCAGUAGAAGAGUAUACUUCAGAAUUCAACAACUUGUCAUAUAGGAUUGGGUUGAAUGAAACUGGUGAACAAUCAAAGUCAAGAUAUUUAGCUGGUCUGAAUCAGAGUAUUAGAGAUGAAAUAGGGAUUGUUCGAUUAUAUAACCUUGAAGAUGCUCAACAAUAUGCUCUAAUGGCAGAGAAGAGGGUAAAUCGUUAUGGUGCCAGAAGACCUAUUGACACUUCCAAACCAAUUUAUGAUGAUAAUUAUUAUGAGGAAGAUGGAGAAGUGGAUGUCUUUCCAGUUCAAGGUGAAUCCUUGGUGAUUAGGAGAGUGAUGACAACAACAAAAGAAGAAGGACAAGAUUGGAGGAGUCAUUCUUUAAGGGAAGAUGAUCAAGAAAAAAAAUCUCUAGCUGACAGCAAUGCUGAGAAAUUUGAAGCUAAAAGUCAAGAGGCAGGAAUCAUAUAUGCUGUUCUAAAUAAGCUGUUGGGAAAAGAACAAAAAGCAGAAAAUUCUAUGCAACCUAAUGAAAAUCUGCAGCCAUUAGAAGAGAUUAAAGGGUCAAAAAAUAAGGAAUUACCAAAAGGGAUGCUGUCAAUGUUGAAUAUUCAACAUGAUUUUGAUUUUGUUACAAGUUUAACUAAUCUGCCUACCUAAAAGUUUGAAUUAUACAAAAAAACAGCAGACUUCUUUCUUUGUUCUAAAAUUUCAGAUGCCACACAAGUUGUUGAUUUAUUUUUGGAAGAAUUGAUGAGACUACGACAUAUUCCAACAUCCAUUGUUCGUUAUAGGGGUGUAAAGUUUAAGGGACAUUUUUGGAGGACUUCCCAGAAGAAAACUGCUCCAGAUGAAUAUACAUUUGACAGCACC